AUGAAGAAAAAGGGCCAGCAGAGGAAAGGUGAGGUCAGUUACUGUAAGAAAUGUCAGAGAAGACACAGCGGUGAAUGUCUAGUGGGGUCCAAUGUUUGUUUCAGAUGCCGUCAUCCAAGUCAUAUUGCUAGAGAUUGCCCCAUUGGUUCUACAACUUCAGUACCUGCAGUUGGAGGCACAAUAGCCAGGGUAUAUAAUGUGGCCCAAAUGCAGGCAGAUGCUAGCCCUUCAGCAGUCACUGGUCAGUUAUUAUUCCAUGAUACUCCCUUCUAUGCCUUGAUUGACUCUGAUGCUACUCAUUCAUUCAUCUCCUAUGGUAUGAUUAAGAGAUUAGGGUUAAUGCCUAUUAGAAUAGAACAAGCCAUUAGGAUUGAAUUGCCUGAUGGUGAGGGUGUAGUGACUAAUGAAGUCUUAAUGGGGGAGUUAGUGACUAUUAGAGGCCGAGAUAUGAUGGUAGAUUUGAUUGUCUUCAAUAUGCCAGACUUUGACAUCAUUCUUGGGAUGGACUUUCUUAGUAGAUAUGGAGUAGAGAUAGACUAUCGUAGGAAAAAAGUCAAGUUUAAUCUAGACAAUGGGGAUAACUUCAUUUUUAGAGAAGGGCACCCAACUAGCAUGAUGAUUAGUGUAGCAAAGCUAGGAAGAUAUAAAUUGCCAGGUUUACCUCCAGAGAGGGAAGUGGAGUUUAGUAUAGAACUAGCCCCCGGUAUAGCCCCUAUUUCAAACGUUUUUCAUCGCAUGACCCCAGCUGAGCUCCAAGAAUUGAAGAAGCAAUUACAAGAGUUGUUAGACAAGGGCUUUAUCAGGCCGAGUCAUUCCCCAUGGGGUGCUCCAAUUCUAUUUGUGAAAAAGAAGGAUGGGUCUAUUAGGAUGUGUAUAGAUUACCGUGAACUAAAUAAAGUAACGUCAGGAUACCAUCAGGUUAGAGUGGCUAAGGAAGAUAUACCAAAAACGGCUUUCCGAACAAGAUUGACUAAUGCACCUGUAAUUUUUAUGGACUUGAUGAACAUAGUUUUUCAUGAUGUCCUUGACAAGUUCAUAGUGGUAUUUAUUGAUGAUAUCCUAGUUUAUUCCAAGGCUUUAGAAGAACAUGUCGAGCACUUGAGAUUUGUGUUACAAAGAUUAAGAGAGAAACAACUGUAUGCCAAAUUUUCAAAAUGUGAGUUUUGGUUGGAUCGGGUUAUCUUUUUGGGUCAUGUGAUCUCUAAAGACGGUGUAUCAGUGGAUCCAAGUAAAGUAGUGGCGGUGCUCGAGUGGCAGAGGCCAAAGACAGUGAAAGAGGUUAGAAGUUUUCUAGGCUUAACAGGGUAUUAUAGGAAGUUUGUGGAAGGCUUUGCAAAGAUAGCUAGACCACUUAUAGCUCUUGCCAAGAAUGAAGUACCAUUUCAAUGGAUAGAGGCAUGUGAGCAAAGCUUUCAAGAGUUGAAGAAAAGAUUAACUACAUCUCUAAUUCUUACAUUGCCAGAAGUAGGCAUUGGUUAUGAUAUUUAUGUUGAUGCCUCCCACAAUGGUUUGGGAGCAGUGUUGAUACAGCAAGGGAAAGUCAUUGCUUAUGCCUCCAAACAACUAAAAGACUAUGAGAGCAGAUAUCCUACCCAUGACUUGGAAUUAGCAGCAGUGGUUUUUGCUUUGAAGAUAUGGCGACACUACUUGUAUGGAGUGAAAUGCAACACAUACAUUGACCAUAAGAGUUUGAAGUAUUUCUUCACUCAGAAAGAGUUGAAUAUGAGACAGAGGAGAUGGUUGGAAUUGGUGACAGACUAUGACUGCGACAUCAGAAACCAUCCAGGGAAAGCUAAUGUAGUAGCAGAUGCCCUUAGUAGAAAAGUCUCUUUAUCUCAGAUUACUGGAAUAAAUAUGAGGAAAACCAGGAGAAUAGAUGCAGGUCGCAGUGAUGCUUCGAAUGCACAAAAUGUUCCAACUGCACCUGAAGCUCCUAACCCAGCAACUGCUACUUCAAGCGCUUCGGGUUUAGAUGCAAUAAGGACGAGUACUCUAGAUGCAAUGGUUGUUCCAAAGCAGACUGAAUCGAUUUCUGGCCUCUCAAGUAAACAUCAACCUCCAGAAUUUAGCAGCACUAAUGAUCCAGUAGUAGCAGAACAAUGGAUCAAGUUGGCGGAGAAAACUACUGCUCUAUUUCCUAUGACAGAUCAAGAGAAGAUCCGAUAUGCUACGUACCUAUUGAAAGAAUAUGCUAUGACAUGGUGGGAGCUUAUGGAGCAGAUUCAAGAUACCACCACUCUCACUUUGUCAAGGUUCAAGGAAUUGUUUGAGGAGCAAUGCUGCCAGCUAGGUCAUAUUGCUAGAGAUUACCCCAUUGGUUCUACAACUUUAGUACCUACAGUUGGAGGCAUGAUAGCCAGGGUAUAUAAUGUGGCCCAAAUGCAGGCAGAUACCAGCCCUUCAGUAGUCACUGGUCGGUUAUUAUUCCAUGAUACUCCCUUGUAUGCCUUGAUUGAUUCUGGUGCUACUUAUUCAUUCAUCUCCUAUGGUAUGAUUAAGAGAUUAGGGUUAAUGCUUAUUAGAGUAGAACAAGCCAUUAGGAUUGAAUUGCUUGAUGGUGAGGGCGUAGUGGCCAAUGAAGUCUUAAUGGGGGAGUUAGUUACUAUUAGAGGCCGAGAUAUGAUGGUAGAUUUGAUUGUCUUCAAUAUGCCAGACUUUGACAUCAUUCUUGGGGUUGACUUUCUUAGUAGAUAUGGAGUAGAGAUAGACUAUCAUAGGACAAAAAUAAAUAAGAAAGAGAGUUCAAGCUCAAGUGCACAUGAGGUACUUAUGGUAAAUGAAUUUAUUGAUGUGUUUCCAGAUGAAUUGCCAGGUUUACCUCCAGAGAGGGAAGUGGAGUUUAGUAUAGAACUAGCCCCCGGUAUAGCCCCUAUUUCAAAGGCUCCUUAUUGCAGGGCCCUAGCUGAGCUCCAAGAAUUGAAGAAGCAGUUACAAGAGUUGUUAGACAAGGGCUUUAUCAGGCCGAGUCAUUCCCUAUGGGUUGCUCCAAUUCUAUUUGUGAAAAAGAAAGAUGGGUCUAUGAGGAUGUGUAUAGAUUACCGUGAACUGAAUAAAGUAACGGUAAAGAAUAAGUACCCAUUGCCUAGGAUAGAUGAUUUGUUUGACCAAUUGAAAGGUGCCUCAAUGUUUUCUAAAAUUGAUCUACGGUCAGGAUACCAUCAGGUUGGAGUGGCUAAGGAAGAUAUACCAAAAACGGCUUUCCGAACAAGGUAUGGCCAUUAUGAAUUUGUUGUGAUGCCAUUCAGAUUGACUAAUGCACCUGUAAUUUUUAUGGACUUGAUGAACAGAGUUUUUCAAGAUGUCCUUGACAAGUUCAUAGUGGUGUUUAUUGAUGAUAUCCUAGUUUAUUCCAAGACUUUAAAAGAACAUGCCGAGAACUUGAGAUUUGUUCAAAGAUUAAGAGAGAAACAACUGUAUGCCAAAUUUUCAAAAUGUGAGUUUUGGUUGGAUCGGGUUACCUUUUUGGGUCAUGUGAUCUCUAAAGAUGGUGUAUUAGUGGAUUCAAGUAAAGUAGAGGCAGUGCUCGAGUGGCAGAGGCCAAAGAUAGUGAAAAAGGUUAGAAGUUUUUUGGGCUUCGCAGGGUAUUAUAGGAAGUUCAUGGAAGGCUUUGCAAAGAUAGCCAGACCACUUACAACUCCUACCAUGAAAGAAAUACCAUUUCAAUGGACAGAGGCAUGCGAGCAAAGCUUUCAGGAGUUGAAGAAAAGAUUAACUACAGCUCCAAUUCUUAUAUUGCCAGAAGUAGGCAUUGAUUAUAAUAUUUACGUUGAUGCCUCCCACAAUGGUUUGGGAGCAGUGUUGAUGCAACAAGGGGAAGUCAUUGUUUAUGCCUCUAGACAACUGAAAGACUAUAAGUGCAGAUAUCCUACCCAUGACUUAGAAUUAGCAUAGGUUUUUGCUUUGAAGAUAUGGCGACACUACUUGUAUGGAGUGAAAUGCAACCUAUACACUGACCAUAAGAGUUUGAAGUAUUUCUUCACUCAGAAAGAGUUGAAUAUGAGACAGAGGAGAUGGUUAGAAUUGGUGACAGACUAUGACUGUGACAUCAGAUACCAUCCAGGGAAAGCUAAUGCAGUAGCAGAUGCCCUUAGUAGAAAAGUCUCUUUAUCUCAAAUUACUGUACAGGGACAAUUACAGCAGGAGAUCCUCCAAGAAGGAAUUGAAAUUGUGAUCAAAGGAGGAUUGGCCCAAAUGGAGAUCAAACCCACUUUGGUGGAGGAGAUCAAGAUGAAACAGGGUAAAGAUGAUACCUGCAAGAUAAUCUGCCAACGGAUAAUAGAAGGUAAAGAGACAGACUUUAAAAUAGUCAAUGGGGCACUGAUGUUUAGAGAUAGAAUAUGUGUACCUCAAGAUGAUGAACUAAGGAAUAAAAUCCUUAGUGAGGCACACAAUACACUUUAUACAGCCCACCCUGGGAGUGUAAAGAUGUAUCAAGAUGUGAAGAAAAGUUAUUGGUGGUCAGGUAUGAAAAACGACAUUGCCGAUUAUGUUGCCAGAUGUUUAACAUGUCAACAAGUAAAGGCAGAGCAUCAGAGACCAUCAGGAUUACUCCAACCCUUAGAGAUUCCUAAAUGGAAAUGGGAGGAUAUCUCAAUGGACUUCAUUGUGGGACUUCCUAAAGUUCAGCAAGGAUAUAAUGCAAUCUGGGUGGUGGUUGAUAGAUUGACCAAGACAGCUCAUUUUCUACCUAUGACGGAUAAGAUAGAUGCAUUUCGAUUGGGGCAAUUAUAUGUCAAAGAGAUUGUGAGAUUACAUGGAGUACCCAAGACGAUUGUAUCAGAUAGAGAUACCAGGUUCAUAUCAGCUUUCUGGGUUGGAAUGCAGAGAGCAUUGGGUACAAAGUUAGCCUUCAGUACGGCUUAUCAUCCUCAAACUGAUGGUCAAACUGAAAGGACCAACCAGGUGAUUGAAGACAUGCUGAGAGCUUGUUGUAUGGAUCACAAGGCAAAAUGGAAUGAUGUACUUCCACUAAUAGAAUUUGCCUAUAACAACAGCUACCAAUCCACUAUCCAGAUGGCCCCAUAUGAAGCAUUAUAUGGAAGAAGGUGCAGAUCCCCUUUGUAUUGGGAUGAUAUUGGAGAAAAAGACUCCUUGAUUCAAGCAGUUGGACCAGAGAUGACCCAGAAAAUGAUUGAAGAUGUUAAGCUUAUUAGAGAAAGAAUGAAGCAAGCUCAAGAUCGACAAAAGAGCUAUGCCGACCUAAAAAGAAAAGAAGUGGAAUUCCAAGUGGGCGACAAAGUUUUUGUAAAAGUUGCGCCCUAUAAACAUAUUUUGAGAUUUGGAAAGAAAGGCAAGCUCGCUCCACGUUACAUUGGACCCUUUGAAGUAUUGGAAAGGGUAGGCAAAGUAGCUUAUAGACUUGCGCUGCCAAUGAGCAUGGAAAGAGUCCAUAAUGUUUUCCAUGUCUCUUUGUUGCGUAAGUAUGUUAGUGAUCCUUCACAUGUGCUUCAGAUGGAGGAAGUGGAAUUACAGGAUAAUUUGGCUUAUGAGGAACGCCCAGUUCAAAUCCUUGACAGAAAGGUAAAAGAGCUCAGAAACAAGCAAAUUCCACUAGUUAAAAUGCUUUGGAGGAAUCACAAGAUAGAAGAAGCUACUUGGGAAAUGGAGAAAGAUAUGAGAAGUCAAUACUCGGAGUUGUUUCUAUAA